GCGUUAAGCUUACUAUUUCCACCAUCGUAAGGUUCAGUUUUUUUCUCUGUCUUAAAAUAUUUACACUCUAUACAAAACUUAUCACUCAAGCUAAUAAAACGCGAUUCUUGAUUGGCAAUCAGUUAUCAUCCGUAUAGGCUAUUAAAAUAUUAUGUGUCUAUAAAUUCUUCCUGCCAUUCUGGCAAUAUAUGACAACCACGUCUAACACUGUGAACUUAAGACAUUUAAAUAUUGAGCUUACGGAGGUAAUCGGAAAAGGAAACUUUACAAUAGCGUACAAAGUAACUAGGGACCGCAAAGUUUUUGCCGCUAAAAUCUAUUAUUAUUUUUACGCGAAUUAUGAAUGGCUCAAAAUCAGAUACCAGCAGCUAUAUACAAUUAAGCACCCGAACAUCCUGAAUUCUCAUGGUUCCGAAAAGCUACCAGGCAAAGUAAUUGCCGUAUUUAUGGAAUACGCAGACGGCGGAUCGCUACAUAACUAUAUACACGGAUCUGGCAAAUAUACUAGAAAUAAUGCUUAUGAUUGGAUGAUCCAGUUGGCAAAGGUUUGUCCCAUUCUCAAAUAUAUGCCAGUUAUGAGGUACUCUCAUAUAAUUCACAUUUUGCAGGGUCUGGCAUAUCUUCACGGCCUUAAGCCAAGUCCGAUAUGCCAUGGUAACCUGAAGCCCGAGAAUUUGUUUUUAACUGAAAAUUAUAGCUGCUUAAAGAUCGGUGAUUUGGCCAGUGGAGUGGAAUUUAUAUCAAACUGUUAUACACCACCAGAGGCAUGCCUAAACAGGCCGCGAGAUUUCUGUACAAUAUCACUCGAUCUAAUACACACCUAUAUUUUGGAGUCGAACAAAGGGUGUUACACCGAAAAGUACGACAUCUAUGGCUUUGGUGUAAUUCUAUGGGAAGUAUUAACACGCAGGAGGCCUGUUUUUAAAAACAUAUGUGAACUUUUGACCUGUCUACCAAAUGAUGUCGGCUCUAGCAAUGUUAAAUCCCUGAUUGCCAGAUGUUCGCAGGAUGACCCACAUAGGCGGCCAAUGAUGAAAGAUGUUGUAGGGGACCUUCUUCAAAUCAGAAAUGGCGUCGUAACAUAUACGCAGGAAAGUAAAGCAACAGAAGAGAAACCGAUUUUCAAGGCUCUCAAGGAAUACCCUGACUUGAAACUGGGAGAGGUCAUGGGACAGGGCUCUUUUGGCGCUGUCUACAAGGCAACAUUACGUGGCGCUCAAGUGGCCGUCAAACGAUAUUUUUUUAAUAACACCCAAGGCAACCAGGGCAUUGAGAGGGAAGUGCGUUAUCUAUCCCGUGUCAAUCAUGAAAAUAUUAUAAAAUUGUAUGGCACCAUGGUAGAUGAGGAGGGCAAAACUUUGGUGGUGAUGGAAUACGCAGACUGUGGCUCAUUACACAAUUAUCUGUAUGACAAUGGUGAACAGAAGCCAAAUUAUAUAUACACGCUGGCACUCAAAUGGAUGCAUCAAUUGGCCAAGGUAAAACGAGAGAAAAGUGAUCUGGCAGGACGUGGCAUUGCCUAUUUACAUGCCAUGAAACCAAGGUCUGUGAUUCAUCGUGAUCUUAAGCCACACAAUUUGUUAUUGACGAACGGAUAUCGCACAUUAAAAAUAGCCGACUUUGGUACAGUCACCGAAUUGGCUACUGUCAUGACCAGCAAUGUGGGAACUGCCAGCUAUAUGGCGCCAGAGGUUGUCUGCUCCAAAGUAUACACGGAAAAAAGUGAUGUUUUCAGCUUUGGCAUUGUGCUGUGGGAGGUGUUGGCGCGAAAAAGGCCCUUCUAUCAUCUGCAAAAUCGCGAACCCUUCGCCAUUUUGUAUCAAAUUGGCAUUGGCAAACAUCCCAUUCUGGAAGAUGUCAAGAAUUAUCCAAACGUAAAGCUUUUAAGAUAUGUUAUCAGAAGUUGCUGGAUUAUCGAACCGAAAGAACGACCAACAAUGGAACUUUUAGCUUCAUGUUUAGCCGAUUGUUGAAAGUGGAGACAAUUAGUAAGGAAUAUAUUUUAAAUCUCUUCUGACAUUUGUUUUGGUUAAUUUGUUAUAAAAAUGCAAAAGCUAAACGCGAUCUGAUACUUUAGGUGAAAAUAUUGGAGUAUAAAAAAUGUGGAAAAUAUUAAAUUGCGCAAA